AUGAAGCAGUUAACAGACAUUGAUAACUUAGCAGUUUCUACCAUCAGAUUAUUAUCUGUUGAUCAAGUUUCAAAAGCUAAUUCUGGCCAUCCAGGUGCCCCCCUUGGUAUGGCUCCAGCUGCUCAUGUUGUCUGGAGACAAAUGAGGUUUAACCCAAAAAACCCAACGUGGAUUAACCGUGAUAGGUUUGUGCUUUCUAAUGGUCAUUCUGUUGCAUUGUUGUAUUCAUUGUUGCAUUUGUUUGGAUUUGACUUAACAAUUGAGGACUUGAAGCAGUUUAGACAGGUUGGAUCUAAAACUCCAGGUCACCCAGAGUACGAGCUUCCUGGUGUUGAGGUUACUACGGGACCAUUAGGCCAGGGGGUGUCUAAUGCCGUUGGUUUAGCAAUUGCUCAAGCUAACAUUGCUGCUACUUACAAUAAACCAGGAUUUGAGUUGUCGAACAACUUUACAUAUGUUUUCUUGGGUGAUGGUUGUUUGCAAGAAGGUGUUGCCUCUGAAGCCUGUUCAUUGGCAGGCCACUUACAGUUGGGUAACUUGGUUGCCAUUUACGAUGACAACAGGAUUACUAUUGACGGUAACACUAAUGUUUCCUUUGAUGAGGAUGUUGUAAAGAGAUUUGAGGCAUACGGAUGGGAAGUUUUGUUUGUUAACAACGGUGAUGAAGACCUACAAGGUAUUGCUGAUGCGUUAGAACAAGCCAAGAAGUCUAAGGACAAACCAACUUUGAUAAAGAUGACCACUACUAUUGGUUUUGGUUCCUUAGCUGCUGGUUCUCACUCAGUUCACGGAGCUCCAUUGAAGGCUGACGAUGUUAAGCAACUCAAAACUAAACUUGGAUUCAACCCAGACGAGUCCUUCGUCGUCCCACAAGAAGUUUACGACUACUAUAACAAGAACACUAUCCAACCAGGACAACAAUACGAGCGUGAAUGGGAGGAAUUAUUUGCCAAGUAUGCCGAGGCUUAUCCUAACGAAGCUGCUGAGUUCAAGAGAAGACUUGAAGGCAAGCUCCCAGAGAACUGGGAGUCCAAGUUACCUGUCUAUAAGCCAACUGACUCCGCUGUUGCUUCUAGAAAACUAUCUGAAAUUGUCAUUGAAUCGAUCUACAAUGAGCUUCCUGAAUUGAUUGGUGGGUCUGCUGAUUUGACACCAUCUAAUUUGACAAGAUGGAGUAAAGCUGUUGACUUCCAACCCCCAGCAUCUGGCCUAGGUGAAUUUUCUGGUAGAUAUAUCAGAUUUGGUGUCCGUGAACACGGUAUGGGUGCAAUUAUCAAUGGUAUUUCUGCUUACGGUGCUAAUUUCAAGGCUUUCGGUGCUACCUUCUUAAACUUUGUUUCCUAUGCUGCCGGUGCGGUAAGAUUAGCCGCAUUGUCCGGACAUCCUGUUAUCUGGGUUGCAACACAUGACUCCAUUGGUUUAGGUGAAGAUGGUCCUACCCAUCAACCUAUUGAGACUCUAGCGCACUUGAGAGCACUGCCAAACAUGCAUGUUUGGAGACCAGCUGAUGGUAACGAAGUGUCUGCCGCAUACAGGGUUGCUUUGAACUCUAAACACACACCAUCUGUUAUCUCUCUAUCUAGACAAAACCUACCACAAUUGGAAGGUUCUUCCAUUGAAAAGGCAUCAAAGGGUGGUUAUGUUUUGCAAGAAGUCGAGAACGCCGACAUCACAAUUGUUGCCACUGGUUCUGAGGUCGGUAUUUGCGUAGACGCUGCCAAGGUUUUGGCUAACAAGAACAUUAAGUCAAGAAUCGUUUCUCUACCAGAUUUCCACACCUUCGACAGACAAUCAGAAGAGUACCGUGCUUCUGUGUUCCCAGACGGUAUUCCAAUCUUAUCUGUGGAAGUUUUGUCCACUCUUGGAUGGUCUAAGUACGCACAUCAAUCAUUUGGUAUUGAUAGGUUCGGUGUUUCUGGCAAGGGCCCUGAAGUUUACAAGUUCUUCAACUUUACACCAGAAGGUAUUGCGGAGAAGGCCGAAAAGACUAUCACCUUCUACAAGGGCAAGACUGUUGAAUCCCCAUUGAAGAAAGCCUUUUAA